GUCUCAAUCCCAAAUAAAAGAAUAGGGUUUAUAACAUUAAAAAGAGCCUCAAAUUUUAUGUUAGAGCCUCACCCUAAUUGAGCCUCUCAUAUGUGAAAGCUAUAACAAAUUUAACAUCAUCACUACAUUUGCUGUAAAAAGGAGCAUAAAUUAAGAAAAUCAGAAAACUAAUACGUGGACCUGUGAAAUCUUAACUAUUACAAAAGUGAAACGUUUCUUAAACAAGAACAGAACACAUUAUUUGCCAAUCUCUUGAGAUCUUCAAUGAUAUCUGCAUUUAUGUAAAAAGAUUCCACCUUUAUGAAAUAUGCAAUCUUGCUAAGACACGUAUAUGUAAAGAGAAACUAAAGUGGCACUUUCUCAGGUCAUAAAUACGACUCACCAUUAUUUGCCAAUAAACAAAUAUAGUGGCAUGUAUCAUUGGGGGAUAUAGUAGUGUUGGCCAAACUCCCAACACAACGAAGGAAUGCCCAUAUUGCUGUCAAGAACAUGCUUUACAUACUUGUACCAUGCUUUAUCGUAUAUCUAAUGACCAAUAAUGUCAUAUUCAAGUAUAUAUACCAAAGCAUAGAGGAUAAGGUUACUAUAACAAAAACUCCUCAGCUUACCUUUCGACUCACAAAGAUGGCUGCUGCUUCAAGAUUUAGCAUCAGAUCCCAAACAAAGUCCAUUAGCUUGCCUAGCAGAUCGCAUCCGACCACUCUUCGAAUCGAAGAACUGCUCAACAAGAUCAAAGCAACAACAGCAUCUACAGAGACAAUCUGCAGUGGUUUAUCCCAACUGACAGGAUUGUACGAAUGCAUGGAUGAGCUACUAACUUCCUCAACCACCCACGUUUUGAUGUCUCGACAACAAAACAAGAAAUGGGUCGAUGAGCUAAUGGAGGAAUCUGUGAUGCUCUUGGAUGUUUGUGGCAAUAUAAGGGAUAUUCUAUCAGAAAUCAAAGGCCAUACUAGGGAUCUUCUUUGUGCUCUACGGAGGAGAAAGGGAGACUUGAAUAUCCAAAACAGCAUAACAAAGUACAAUUGCUUCAGAAAGAAGAUGAUAAAAGACGUUAGAAAAUUAGUUGCUAGUUUAAAGCAAUUCGAUAACGUGACCACUGGUGACUCAGUGGUGGUUGAUUCAGAUAACCACCAGCUUGCCGCAACGAUCAAGGCGGUAUUGGGCGUUGUUGAAAUGACGAUUUCGGUUUUCAACUCUUUCUUAAUGUUCUUAUCUGUGCCGAUUUUGAAGGCAAACAGAUGGUCAUUUGUUGUAUCGAAGUUGAUACACAAGGGGAUUGUUGCAUGUGAAACUCAACAAGAACAUGGAAUUCUGAAUGAAUUGGAAAGUGUUGAUUCUGCAUUGCAAAGAUUAUGUAAACAUGGAUCGUUGAGUGGCGAAGGGGGGAACGUGGAGAUUGCUCAAUGUCGAUUGCAGAGACUGGGAGUUCAGAUUGAAAACAUGGAGAGUGGGUUCGAAUACAUGUUUAGGUGCUUGAUUCGAACCAGAGCUUCUCUUCUCAACAUCGAAAACAUGCAUAUGCAUUAACUUUUUUAGCGGAUAUGCCUAUGCUUUCGAGUUUUUUAUUUGGAUAGCUCAUGUACAUUCGCCAAAAUUUUUAGUUAUAUAUGCAAGUACAUAUGAAUAUGUAAAUAUACGUUGUAGCUUCUGUAUUACUUAAUGGACUUAUAAAACAUUAUUCACGUAAGUUAUAAA